CAGUGUAGUAGGGGUACCUUGGUAAUGGGUGUACGAGCGCGGUGAGUCGCGCGGGUGCUCGCGUCGGAUUUAAUAGCGACAAAACUGCGCCAUCCAUCAGCGGAUUACUGCGGAAAAAUCAUUCCUCAGUUAUAAAGAAGGAAGUUGUGUAGUUUUAGAGAAGUGACAGUAAGUUUCCCCCUGAAGCCUGGGGCACUGGACAAAGAGCUGAAACACAAGCUGACCGACACUGAAGUCUGAUUAGGAGCCAUGGCCGGGGCUUUAUCUCAUCACCUUCACAUCAUGUCUGUGCUGCUGCUGCUGCUCUUCCACAGCACUGGAGUUGUAGGUUCGACUUCUCAAACAUCGCAGUUCUCCUCCUAUGAAGUGAGCGUCCCGAAACUCAUCAGCAGACACAGGAGGGAUCAGGACGGGACCGAUAAGGUGUCCUAUGUUAUCCCAGCUCAAGGGAAAGAACAUGUUGUCGUCCUGGAGAAGAACAACUUUCUCCUGCCAGAGGAUUUCACAGUGUAUUCCUACGCCAAGGACGGGACACUGAUCACUGAGAGACCCAACAUGAAGGGUCACUGUCAUUACCGUGGUUACGUGGAGGACGUAGACGGCUCGUCCGCUGCUCUGAGUCUCUGCUCUGGAUUGCGAGGCGUAAUCCACAUGCAGAACACCAGUUUCGGCAUCGAGCCCCUGCAGGGUUCGUCACGUAACGAGCACAUCGUCUACCGCAUGAAGGACGUCAGGACCGAGCCCUUCACCUGCGGCACGCCCCACUCCCGUCACCAUGGCGACCGAGUGUCACCUGACCACGCCCACACCGUCACGCCCGGUCAACCUGUCGCUCAUCUGAGCAGAAAAAAGAGGGCGGUGCUACACCAGACACAUUACGUGGAGCUUCUGCUGGUGGUCGAUAACGAGAGGUUUAUUUUCACAAACCGCAAUCACACGGCGGUGAGAGAGGAGAUGGUGCAGCUCGCCAACUACGUCGACAGCAUGUACGUGGCUCUGAAUAUCCGGGUGGUGUUGGUGGGGUUGGAGAUCUGGUCGGUGGUGAACCCGAUCAGUACUGACGGAAGCGCGGGUGAGGUGCUCGGUCGCUUCACUCAGUGGAGGGAGAAGGAGCUCGUGCCCCGCCGUCGCCAUGACAGCGCCCAGCUCAUCCUGAAUAAGCGGUACGGGUCCACCGCGGGCAUGGCGUUCGUGGGCACGGCGUGCUCCAGGAGUCAUGGGGGCGGGAUCAACGGGUUCACCGAUAAUAACUUGGCGUCGUUCGCCUCCAUCGUGGCUCAUGAGCUCGGCCACAAUCUGGGGAUGAACCACGACGAUGACGGGAGAGACUGCAAGUGUGGGGUGACCCACUGCAUCAUGAACUCGGCGGCAUCCGGCUCGCGGAACUUCAGCAGCUGCAGCGCGGAUGACUUUGAGAACUUGAUCCUGAACGCCGGAGGAGGCUGCCUGCUGAACGUGCCGCGACCCGACGAGGCCUACAGCGCCCCCUACUGCGGCAACAAGCUGGUGGACGUGGGAGAGGAGUGUGACUGCGGCUCCGCGGAGGAGUGUGAGAAGGACCCCUGCUGUGAGCCUAAGACGUGUAAACUCCGAGCUGGAGCUCAGUGUGCGUUUGGAGUGUGCUGCAAGCGCUGCAGGUUCCUCCCCGGCGGCACCGUGUGCCGGAGCAGUACAGACGAGUGCGACCUGCCCGAGUACUGCAGCGGCUCGUCCGCCCUGUGCCAACCCGACGUCUUCAAACAGAACGGGCACCCGUGCCAAAAGGGCGUGGCUUACUGCUACAACGGCAUGUGCCAGCACUCCGACAGCCAGUGCCAGGCCCUGUUCGGUCCCAAGGCCAAAGCCGCUCCCGAGGCCUGCUUCAAAGACGUGAACUCUAAAGGCGAUCGCUUCGGAAACUGCGGCUAUCAGCUCCACAACAUGAAGAAGUGUGAGAGCAGGAAUGCCAUGUGUGGGAAGCUGCAGUGCGAGCUGGAGAAAAUCCAGAACAUCCAGAACAUCGUCGUGUUCGGCAUCAAGCCCUCCAUCAGCCACACCCCCCUCCACGACAACACCAUGUGCUAUGGAGUGGACUUCCGUAUGGGCACCGACGUUCCCGACCCGGGCAUGGUCAACGAGGGCACCAAGUGUGGAGAAAACAAGGUUUGUUUAAACUACGAGUGUAAGAGCGCAGACGAGCUGAAGUACGACUGUGAUGUACAGAGCAAAUGCCACGGCCAUGGAGUGUGCAACAGCAACAAGAACUGCCACUGUGAUUACGGAUGGGAGCCACCGUCGUGUGAAUUCGCGGGGUACGGGGGCAGUAUAGACAGCGGCCCCACCUGGAACGAUAAAGACACUUCAGUGAGAGACGGUCUGCUCGUUUUCUUCUUCCUGGUUCUUCCUCUGCUGCUCUUGGGUCUCUUCGUGUUUUUCAAGAGGAAUGAGCUACAGCGACGCUUUGGCAGGAGAAAACGCUCCCGCGGUUACGAAGCGGACGCCAAGCCACAGACCAACAACAGCCGGGCGCCUGCGGGUCAGCGUGGGAACCCCAACAGCAUAGUGAAAGACGGACAUCAGGCUCAGUUAUUGCCAGCUGAAGAGGUGGUUCACACGAGUAGGACCUCGUCCUCAGCGCCGGCGUACGCCCCCAGACCUCCACGCCCGGCGAUUGCACGACCCCCACCUCCUCCUGCCAGUCAGCUCCUGCCUCAGAGACCCGCCCCUCCGCCCCCUCUAUAACACAAACCUCAGAUAUCCAGGAUGUGUGUGUGUGUGUGUGUGUGUGUAAAAAAAGAAUGGUGUGUGUAUAUGUGUAAGGGUUUGCAUGAACACUCCAGACAUCGCAUCAGCCCCCCCCCCCCCAACGCCCCCAAAAGCGUGACCCCGCCUCCUCGGAUUUGAACGACUGGUCACCUGUCAAUCAAUCAGCUGCUAUGCUAAAGACCUGGGCUCAACCUCUUUAUGCAAUAUCAUCGCUGGAGAAAGGGGCGGGACCUGACGGCCUCGGCCAAUCGAACGCCCUUGAUGUCUCCGACUUAAGGUUGAAUCCCCGGAAUGUGUGUUGUUACUACUUGUAUUGUUACUAUUAUGGGAUGUAAAGGACCAGAACCACUGCAAGUCGCCUGCACUUACAAACCAGUAUAUUGACUUUACAGAAAGAAAUAUAUAAAUAUAUAAUCAUAUCACGAUUUCCUGAUUAAUGAAAUGUAAAGCGAAUGAAAAGUGAAUGAUUUUCUGUUCUGGAAAAAAAAAAGAUAAUCGAGAAAAAAAUAGUUAAUUCUGCAUCAGACUUUUUACAUAGGAUGCUUUUAUUAUUUAUGAUUAAAAAAAAUAAUUUAGCAUGAUCAAAAAAACUAGUGGGAGUUUAAUUUAAUAAAUUUGAUUUAUAUAGCGCUUUUAACAAUGGUCAUUGUCAAAAGCGCUAUAUAAAUAAAAUUUAAUUUAAUUUAAAAAAAGAGAAAAAAAUAAUAAUAAAGAAUUAGUUUGUAAUCAUUUCUUGGAAGAAUCAAAUCAUGACUUAAAAAAAAUUUAAUUAUAUAUUUUUAAAAAAAAAGAAAAAAUAUAUAUGCAAAAUGCAAUUCAUACAAACAUGGCAAUCCAUUGUAAUUUUUUUAAACUUUAAUUUACUAUUAAAUGUAAAAAAACAACAACAAAAAAAACAUCUUUAAUCAAGCUGCAUAACGAGUCCGGUUUCUCGCCCUCAGAUGCCACGUCGCUUUCCAGUGUGAAAGGUCAAAGUUCAAUCCUGCAAUAUAAAGAAACUUAAUGAACUCCAGGUUCACCAUUUGUUAUAUUGUUGUUGUUUUUUUUUUUUUUAUAUAUAUAUAUAAAAUUUUGUAGAUUCCUUUUUGAUUGAUCGAUUGAUGAAUUGACUUUCAGGUAUGAUUGACCUCCAAAACUACUGGUUUGAUUAUUUCCAUGUCAUAUUAGUAUUCUUUUUAUUUUAUUAUUAGUUAAUAAACGGUUGUAUUAUUGUGGUGUAAAAUAUUCUGUAUGUCAGAAACUAAAGCCUUAUUCUGUCAUCUUAAAGGGCUGUGUGACACUGAGCGCAAAAUCUAACAAUCCGAUGCAAUAUUCCUCUAACAUUGUACGACUGAGUGUGUGUGUGUGUGUGUGCGUGUGUGUGUAUGUGUGCUCAAAGCUGACAAAGUGCCAUACGGUAUAUCUGUAAUAACACUGAGCGUCUCUGAUGCACGCCUGCCGACGCCUGGUCCGACUGUCAUGUCGCUCUGACUGCACUGUGUUCCCGAUUCUUCCAGCUCUCCUUGAGGUACAGACUUGCACUCUGGUCCGUAUGGAGAUAAACGAACCGUGCUAACUAGAUCUCCUCUUCUUACUGUGCGCGGAUGGGAACGUGUAAAAUUAGAGUUGUUUGUAUCGCCUCGCUGUUCUCAGAUUGGUUAUAUGAUGUGAUGAGAUGUGUGUGUUUAAAGAUUUUGGUAUCACUGUGGCAAACGGAAAUAAAGAUUACUGUCAUGUUUCUAUACGAA